GUUGGGGCAAGGAGACGGGGCUCGAUUCGGGUCGGACGAUCUUAUUGCUUCCCAAAACACUUCCCCUCUGUGGAAAAAAUUAGGGUUUUCAUUGAAUAAUCUCGGACAAUUUAAAUUUCAGCAAAAUUUUAGUUUUUCACUCUUGUUUUUCUGACAAUGAAGAAUCGGAAGCCGAACGAAAAAGGAAACGGCGACAGUAUUGAGAUGGAGGGCCCGAAACGGAUAACUAUGAAGAAGAAGAAGAACAUGAAUCGAUUGGGAGGAACUGGUCUUUCGCUUCAAGCAUUCGCCAAUGCCAAAUCCACCACCAAUCACUACAAUCCGGCCUUAAUUAAAAAGAAAAGGGCGUUCUAUAAGAAUGCUAAAUAUGUUAACAAGUAUAAAAAGUCACUAAAGCAACAAAGUCAGGGGAAUGAUCUUCCUUCAGCAGUAAAACCCCCAGAGGAUGAGAAUGAAGACAUGGAUGAUAGUAAUAGGACCAACAAAAAGAACAAGAAGAAGAAUAGUUCGCACAGUUUGAGAGAAUUGUAUGAGAAGCAGCGGGAGGAGAAAGAGAAGGCAAGGAUGGAGAGGGAGGCAAUUGUUCAAGCAAAGAAGGAGCAAAAAGAGAAGGCUGAAGCUCAGAGGAAGGCAGGAAAGAAGCAGAUGUUCAAAAAGACACGACAUGGUCAACCUGUAAUGAAAUACAGAAUACAGCACCUUUUGCAGUCCAUACAAAGUUCAUCUAGCGCGUCAGUUAAUAAAAAUUAGUAAUCUAGAAUCUGUUGUUUCUUGGUUUUAUACUUUAUUAGUGCAAACAGUAGUUGAUUGAGAGAACAUAGUGGUGAAACAGGGGGAUUUCAGCAAUGUGGUGUUAAUUGCCCUUCAUGCUGCUGUAGAAUUUUUGGAUGGCUUUUUUCUGUUUUUGAAAAUUAAGGAAGAUCAUUUCAUUAUAA